AGCGAGUCGGGGCAGGCAGAGCGGCUGGUUAGCCUGUUAGCUUGUUAGCCUCCUAGCUUCGCUCCCGCAGCCGCUCCGGCCGAGGCGGAUAUCUGUCCGUCUGUCAGCUAAGAGUGAGCUUGUCCGUACCGCAGACGGGCUCGGCUUCCCGGGGAGGAGGGGGAGGGGAGGCGCUUCUCUCUCCGCGGCGGCUGGAUAUAUCGUUCUCCCCGCAGGGCGACGGACGUGGCUUUGUUUACAUCAUGGUGUCGCCCAUGCUGGCACCGAGGUAAAGGCAAGAGAGGGUCGGCUAACUUAGCUGGAGAGCCAGGCGGCUUUGGGAGGGGAGAGCGGGCGGAGGACGGGCCCGCCUCGGACUAAAGUGCUGAGAGUAACCGCUUAGGAAGAACUGCGACACGGGCCCGCUUGCUAAUCCGGGGCCGGGACGGAGUGUGACGAGGAAGGCCGGUGUGGUCCCAUCAGACCCGGAGGAGGAGGAGGAGAGGGGCGGUCGGUCGGCCGGUCGGGCGGUUCGGCGCUGUCACUGGGAGAGCGCAGCCGAAAGUCGGGCUGACGGGGAGCCGCUCGCUGGUUCUCACACGGAGCGGGGAGGGAGGCGUGUGGACAAUGUGGCGCGCCUGUCUGCGCCGUAUUUCCCAGGCGUGAGUUUGCUCGUUUCACAGUUGACCCGCAGCACUCGUCCGUUUCUCUUCCCUGGGCACAGCAGCCGCGGACUGACGCAGACUUUCCGACAUGUCGAAAAUGCCGGCGAAGAAGAAGAGCUGUUUCCAGAUCACCAGCGUGACACAGGCUCAGGUGGCGGCCAGCAGCGUCACCGACGACACCGAGAGCCUGGACGACCCGGAUGAGUCCCGGACCGAGGACGUGUCGUCCGAAAUAUUCGACGUGUCACGGGCCGACCUGGGUGUAUGCGAGCGGAGUUCGUCUGAGGAGACCUUAAACAACGUGGGGGAAUCUCAGGAGGGGCAGCCGUUAGCAACAGGUCCUGUAAACGGUGGGUUCUCUAGUAAAAGUAUCGGCCCGGCUCACAUCGGCCUGGGUCACGUACCCCAACACGUUUCGGGGGGAUUUGGGCCCGGCUCAGCUGUAAGUCAGCCCACCGUUACCGGCUCGGCCACCCAGCCACCGGUCCCUGUGACUGUGGCUACCAGUGGGGCUCCGGCCCCUGUAGGCACCCCCUCUGCGUCCACCACAAGCUGUAGUUCUCGAUUCAGGGUCAUUAAACUCGACCACGGUACCGGGGAGCCCUUUCGCCGGGGCAGAUGGACGUGCACUGAGUUCUAUGAGCGGGACUCGGAGGGCUCCAGCGUUGGCAGGACUGUGGACAGCAUAAAGCCGGCUGUGACCCUCGAUCAAAGCACAGAUAGGGAUAGUGGAUUGGGGACCACUGGAGGCUCGGUUGUGGUUCCCAGCACUGUCUCUGCACAGGGUCAGGAGUCCACCGGGGACAGUGGCUACUCAGCCGCUCACCACCCUCGGCCCCAGGAGCCUCUGCAGCAUGGCUAUGGCUUGGCCCCUCAGAUUGGGAGCGGAGCAAGUGCCUUCCAACCCACAAGGUUUUCAACUACCACGUCACAGCAGCCACAACAGGCUCAAGUCAACCUGCAACCUGCCGCUACUCAGACCCCCCUUCCCAGUGGCCCCAAUGGAGUGUCCCAAGGUGCAGCGCUGCAGAAAUCUCCCAUCAUGCCUCCUGCUACGCAGGCCCAGCAGUUUGCCUAUUCCCCCCACCCCCCUGGCCUCUCAUCCAGCCAGUCAGACUUUCGUCAACAGCAUUUUGUUCCUCUCCAGCCGCAGGGCUCAGGCACUCAGAGCCUCCCCAUGGCCUCCCUUUCUACAGGGCCUGCAGUGAACCAGGGCUCCCCGCCUGUCAUCACGCCGGCUGGCCAUGGAGCUCAGGGGCUGGGUAUGGUUACCCAGGGUGGGGAGGUUCCUUCAGCCAGGGGCCUGCUGCUUCAAGUGGGUAGUGGGUCUGCUGGUGUCCCUCUACUUCCAGGAAGUGGCCUCCAGCAGCCUGUCAGUCUGCCUCAGCCUUCGGGAGGUGUGGGCAUUGCCACUGCACCUUCCAUCCCUGCUGCCACCACUCACAGUGGCGCCCAGAAUGUGCCUGCCACAGUGCCCAGCGCCAACACCCCCCCAGGUAUGCCUAGCCAGGCGACUGGUGCAGGGGGAUAUGCCCAGGCACCGGGGGCCAGUGGAGGAGCAGAAGACAGCAGGCAGAAAUCUGACGCCCUUCCUCAGCCUGGUACUGGCUCCCUACCCGGGAAAGAUGGUGUGAAGCCUUUCAUCCCUGAGAGUCUCGGUCUGCCCACUCCCACUGUCAACAGUUUGUUUGGAAUACCUAUUCCCAUCGAUGGGGAUGAGGACAGUGCGUCUGGUGCGAGCGUCGUUGCCAUCGAUAACAAGAUUGAACAGGCCAUGGACCUGGUGAAGAGCCACCUGAUGUACGCCGUGCGGGAGGAAGUGGAGGUGUUGAAGGAACAGAUAAAGGAGUUGUGUGAGAGGAACUCUGCGUUGGAGCGGGAGAACGCCGUUCUCAAGUCGCUGGCCAACACGGAGCAGCUCAGCCAGCUGUCUAAUCAGCUUAGCCCAGCCGGCAGCACCUCCCCGCCCCAGCCACAGACCCAGCCCGCCUCCAACGCCGCCACCUCCACCACCAUCAAUAACCCCCCCACGCACCACGACCAGAGCACCCUCCACCAGCCCAACAUCUCCUCUGUGUGAGCCCCGCCCACAUCUAUAAACACCCCCCCACACACACACACACACACACACACCUCCCACAGGAGGGAGAGGAGGAGAACCCCGCCCCCUCAGCUCCUUAAAGGGAAAAGCGCCCCCCCCUGUGUUGGACCUCCUCUGCCAGGUGGAGGGAGUGAGAGUGCGCCUGUGUGGUUCCAGCAGCAUCAGCUGUCUUCAUCGCCCAGUCUUUCACGUGCACGAGGAGCCGUUUUAUAUCAGCGUGCACAGACGCCAUCGGGUCGUCCCAGGAGAAAGACAGUCCCCAUCCUGUUAAAGCCUCGCCCCUGCAGCCCCGAGGAGCACAAAUUAGAGAAACAGACCAGAGGGAGGGAGGGAGGGAGGGGGGUG